CGCUUUGCGCAUGCGUAUUGAAAACCAUUACUGUCAAACCCACAGAAAUGAAACUGUUCUUGUGAAAACUACCUGAUGAAGUGGUGAUCGCGCAGGUGUCGUUUGGAUCACUAAGAGUGUCGCUCGGGGGCUUGUCAAACUACAAGCCACAACAACAACAACAACAACAACAACAACAACAUGUUUGGUAAAAAGAAGAGAGCACCGCAGCCCAGAGGCCAGGGCGCUGCUGCAGCUAAGCAGAUGGGUCUGUUUGUAGACCUGGACCCCGAGGAGAUGAUGAUGGGCAUGGAUGAGAAUCUGGAUGACCCGGACUUGGAGGCUGAACUUGCUGCUAUCACUGGAAAUAAAGCUGCUGCCAGAGGGAGAGCCAAGCAGAGGGGGAAGAGCCCUCUGCCCAUGGAAGACAUUGCAAAAAUGGCUGACGAGUGUAUGAGAGACGUGGAUGAGGAUGAGGAUGACAAUGACGUGGAAGACGAUGAAGAUCUGUUGGCAGAGCUGCAGGAAGUGGUGGGCGAGGGGGAAACUGAGGAUAGUGCAACAGUUUCCUCCACAUCUUCUGCCGCAGCUGAAUCUCUGCAAGCCAAGACAACAGAGCCCCCACCGCCGCAGCAGCAGGAAGUGAAGGUGUCCUCGGCGGCCCCCGGCAGCCUCCAGCACACCCUGGAGGAGAGGGCGGCCAUGUACAGGACGGCCUUACAGAACGCCAAGAGCGCGGGGGAGAGCUCCAAAGCCAGGAGAUUCGAUCGCGGUUUGAAGACGUUGGAGACGAUGUUAGUUGCUGUGAAGAAGGGGAGGACUGUGAACGAGGCAGAAAUUCCUCCACCUGUUGCGACCGGAGCCCCGAGCGCCGCCCCUCGGCCCACUGUUCCAACACGACCCCCUCCGCCUGUACCCUCGCGUCCCGAAUCCGCUCCCUCAGAUCAGCAGGAGGAGUCGGAGGCCACAUCUCCGCCCGCUGUACCAGAGAUCAUCACGCCCACUGGAGAAGAGGAGCCGUCGUCCUCGUCCACCACGGCGCUCAGUCUGAGCAGCGUCCCGUCUCCAGAGGAGCAGACGGAGGAACCUGCUGACCUGCCGCAGACCAGUCAGACAGAAGCUGCGGAUGAGGCGACCAAGACGAUGCUUUUGGAGCGGCAGAGAGAAUACAAGAUGGCAGCUCUGAGGGCCAAGAAGCAGGGAGAUGUGGAGCAAGCUAAACUUCACUUCAGGACCAGCAAGAGGUUCGACGCAGUGAUCGAGGCGAUGGAGAAAGGACAAGCUGUCGACCUGAGCGGCCUUCCUCCAUCUCUAGGACAGGGUUCAGGAGGAAGCUCUGCUCCAGUGAAGGAAACCUCCUCUGGGCAAAACACACAGGUCACCCAACCGGCAGCAGCAGCUCCAGCCCCUGCAGCCUCAUCAGCCCCUGCUGCUCCCAAAGACGUGCUGGAGGCUCUCGAACAGAGAAAAGCCAAGUAUGUGGAGGCGUCCGCUCAGGCUAAAGCCAGCGGAGACGACCGCAAGGCCCGAAUGCACGACCGCAUCGCCAAGCAAUACCAGAGCGCCAUCCGAGCUCACAAAGCAGGAAAAGCGGUCAACUUUGACGAGCUGCCGGUUCCUCCUGGCUUUCCUCCGAUCCCGGGGCAGAAGGCGACAGGAGCUGAGCAGGGGUUCAUCGCUGCUCUGGAGGCAGCCGAUAAGCUCGCCUCCACUGACGCUGCUGAGGCACCAGAUGAAGAAGACGAUGAGGAGAAAGAAGAGGAGUCGAAGCCUUGUGCACCAGAGGAGCCAAAGAAACCGACGUUAGACUCCUCCGCCGCAGGUCAAGGACGGAAAAGGACUCCUUCAGCUUCACCUGACAGAUCAGCUGUGAGGGAAGAACUCUCACCAUCAGCGGUUCAGCAGCUGGAGUUUCUGGAGGGGCGGAAGAAGCAGUACAUGAAGGCGGCGCUGCAGGCGAAGCAGAAGAACGACAUGGACCAGGCCAAGGUUUUCCUCCGAACCGCCAAAGGCUUUGACCCCAUGAUCGAGGCCGCACGCAGCGGAAAGACCGUGGACAUCAGCACGGUGCCGUCGCCCCCUGGUGACGAAGAUGACGACUUCAUCCUGGUUCAUCACAGCGACGUUCAGAUCUCAGAGAAAGCCGAGCAGGUUUACACACAACUGGCCAAGAUCCUCAAAGAGCAGUACGAGAAAUGUAUGACUCACUCCAAGCAAUUCACACACCUGGGGAACGUCUCGGAAACUACAAAGUUUGAGAAGAUGGCGGAGAGUUGUAAGAAGAGUCUAGAGGUCCUGAAGCUGGCUCAGUCCAGGGGUCUGCCUCCUCCUAAACAUCACUUUGAGGAGAAAUCGUUUCACACUGUCAGGAUAUUUCCAGAGCUCAGCAGUACUGACAUGGUCAUCAUUAUCGUAAAAGGGAUGAAUCUUCCUGCACCAAGCGGAAUUCAAACAAACGAUCUGGAUGCCUACGUCAAGUUCGACUUCCCCUACCCCAGCACCGAGCAGCCUCAGAAACACAAAACAGCCGUCAUCAAGAACACUAACUCCCCAGAAUACAACCAGAGCUUCACGCUGUCAAUCAACCGUAACCACCGCGGCUUCAGGAGGGUGGUGACGUCUAAAGGCCUCAAACUGGAGCUGCUGCACAAAGGAGGUUUCCUGCGGAGCGACAAGCCGAUUGGGACGGCCCUCGUGAAGCUGGACAAACUGGAGUCACAGAGUGAAAUCAGGGAAAUCGUAGAGGUGAUGGACGGUCGUAAGCCGACAGGAGGUCGUGUUGAGGUGAAGAUCCGACUGCGGGAACCUCUGAGCGGUCAGGACAUGCAGACGAGCACAGAGCGCUGGCUGGUGAUCGACCCGUCACAGGUUCUUCUUUAGAUCCCCCUGCAACAUUAAAGACAAGUCACAAGAUACAGAUUAACAGCACUCAAUCAAAAACACUCAGAGGAGAAGGAGGUGGAGAGAGAAAGGCGGACUCAGAUUGGACUCAGACCUACACAGGUCUUUGACUAUUUAAAAAGUUUUUGCACAUUUGCAAGACACCAGAGCCCCCCUUCACACAGCGGUCCACCAGGAGGAGACAUGGAGCUGGUUUAUGGUAGGUCGGCCGGCCUCUGGCUCCGUGACAGGAACCUGGUCUGCAGUCUGAGGAGCUGCUGUGGAGCCGUGAUGCUUCAGGUAGACUUUAGGGCAACAAGGUGAACGCUCUUUAAGAGAUUUAAAUCACACUCACAGUCGCCCCCAAAAAAGUUUUCCUCUUGCAUCACUGCAGCUCCUGAAGGACGACGGCGUGUCCCUGUGCUCGUAUUGAAGGGGCUCAGUGUCGAGCUAACCUGAUCCUGCUGCCCGACAUGACUUUAGUUACUAUAUCAAAGAAUGUGUACGUAUUCCUCAUAUUAUACAGCUCUGGUAUCUAGAACUGCACCUAUGCACUAAUACCAAAGUAAUCACCGUUGCUGUAAAAUCCUGCAUAUUUGAAAUCGCCUUUAGCUGCCAAACCUGCUACAGUGGACGACACGAGAGGAUGGGACACAGAUUGUCACUUUUUUUUCCCCCACACAAUUAAUCUGCUUCUUGGUGUGAAAAAAUCAGGCAGGCGCAGCACACAUCUCACAGAUGUUUCACAGGAGUUAAGCCAAGAAAUGAUGAUAGUUAUACAAGGUAUGAUUAUACUAUAAUUAUUUUUAAGACCACACUCUUUUUUUGGCACCUUUCACUUUGAUUAAGAAGUCCUUAAACUGUGGUCACUAAACUGUACACUUAUUUAUCCUUGGCUUUAGGAUUGUUAGAUUUAAAUUUGUCUUGUUUACACUGAAUGGUACAAAUCUGAGCAAAGUCAGAAAGAAACUAAAGAGUUUCAGAGUUUGUAGGAAGCCAAGUUUUUUAUCUUAAAUAUUCAUUAUUUCACAGAUCAUGUUAAAAAGUAAUUUCUAAGUAAACACCAUCAGCUGACUCAACUCUGAAGGCGCUAUAUGUAAGUUUUUGCUAUCGCUACAUAGCUAACGUUAGCGUUAACAGCCAUUUACUUACCAGUUAAGAAGAAACGUUACAAGUUCAGCAUCAGACUUCUUUACUCACUAAGAGCUGUCUGCAGCAAUGUUUAGCUUCUAGUUGUAUCACUUCUUUUCUUCUACUGAAGUUAGCAUGCUAACCACCUAGCCCUGGCCCGUCUCGACACUUUCCGAUAGUGUCUCACUGUAGCUUCCAGACUGACCUGAAGAAGUAGUACUGCUCAGAGGGCGUAUCGUAAAUGCAAUGAUGGCUAAAACUCCCAGCGAGAACCCACAUUCUGCGGCAGAGAAAAGUUACAAAUAGCCCCUUUGAUAACAUCCUGUAGUUUUUUUUUUUUAUUAUUUAAAGAAAUAGUUUGACCUUUUAGGAAAUGCGCUCAGGUGAGAGCAUCGACAUGGCUGUUUGUGUGUUAAAUAUGAAGCUGGAGUCAGAAAACAGUUUAGCUUAGCUUAUUAAAACCCGCAGCUCUCUCCAAAGUUCAAUAAUACACCUACCAACAACUCUGAAGCUAACGGACACAUCGUAUCUCAUUUGUUUACUCCACACACGAGUGGAAUUGUUUUUUUUUUGUUGGAAGGUGUAUUAUUUUAAAAUUUGGAGUUAGCCAGGCUAGCUGUUUCCCCUUAUUUCCAGUCUUUAUGCUAAGCUAAGCUAACUGCCUUCUGCCUCCAGCUCUGUGCACAGACAUGAGCGUCUCUCAGCAAGAAAGCAAAUAAGAGAAUUUCCCAUAAUGUCAAACUUACUUCUGUAAGUGUGUGGAAAUAUUUUUUACAACUAUGCAUCAGUUCUCUCAUGCAGUGGAAACUGAAUCAUGGGAUUAAUCCCUCAGUGUUUUUAAAGGGCCAGUUCACCCAAGUUACCAAAGGAAAUUGAACAACUGGAUUAUAACACACUAUAGUUAGAAGCAGGUAUUUGUUCAUGAAGUUCACGUUUUCAGUUUAAUAAAUCUCUUAUGUUUUACAAGUACAGUGCACCUAACGUUACCUGUAGACAAACCUUUUACCUGUUAUCAUCAACACCGGUGGUGGGCUGAAGCUGAGCACUCGUCCCUCUCACGUUUUCAACACUGCUUCUCACUUUAACAUGUUGGACUGUCCACUGUAAACUACCUGCUCAGCACAAAACAGACAGAAACAGAGAAGAGCUGGUGAACACAGUGGAGAUCAUAAACUAAGAGAGAGCGAGUAAGGUAAUUAAAAUCAUCAGGUUAAUAAGAUGUGAUGCUUACAGCUUUUCUGCCGCCCCCAAACUGACCAAAAAAAUAUCUGUUAACAGCUUUAAGUGGGAAAACAGAAAAUUUGAAAAUAUUUGAGUGAACUGACCUUUUAAAGUUUGAACUACAGCAUUGUAACACAUGCUGACAAGAGAAGCCAUAACAGACAUACUGAGCCAACGCCCAUUUCCAACAGCUUUACCUCAACACUCGUCUGCAACGUUAUUCAGCUGCCAAACGUUACUGUGGUCACAACAUUUCUGUUUCUCUUCUUUGUCGACAGUUUUUAUUCUGUACAUCAUGAAUCAGUGUAACAACGUAGAAACAUUAAAACACAUUGUUACCACUCAUUUUAUUUUCUGUUGUAAUAUUCUGAUCGCCUUCGUGUUUACAAAGAUCGAUGAUGUCACGAUCUAAUUUCCAAAAAUGCUACGAAAUAAUAAUAAAAACAGAAGUAAGAACUUUUGUUUUUAAUUGUGGACUGAAUUUGUCUAUCCUGCUUAAAAAUGUACCAUUAAAAAAUACCUUGUUUUAA